UCCACCCACUCUCCACAGAACAACGACCUCUUAAAACACACUGUCCACCGCCAUGAGCCCCCAGUGGUGGGCAGACCUCUGGAGGUUCUGGUUGAUGACGGUGAGGUGCUCGUGGUGGACAAGCCCGCUUCCAUCCCAGUUCACCCCUGUGGCCGAUUUCGCCACAACUCGGUCAUUUUCAUACUUGGGAAAGAGCAGGGCAUUUCUGAGCUCCACACCGUCCACAGGCUGGACAGGCUGACCUCCGGAGUUCUGCUGUUCGCUAGGACAUUGGAGGUGUCGAAGAAACUGGACCAGAUGGUCAGAGACAGACAGCUUGAGAAGGAGUAUGUGUGCCGAGUGGAGGGGGAGUUUCCAGAGGGUGAGGUGGUCUGCGAGGAGCCCAUUCUGGUUACGUCGUUCAAAAUUGGCUUCUGUCGCGCGGACCCCAAGGGAAAGGACAGUCGAACCGUCUUCAACAGACUGAGUUUCAACGGCAAAACCAGUGUUGUCCGCUGCUUACCACUGACCGGCCGCACUCACCAGAUCAGGGUCCACCUGCAGUACCUGGGCUUUCCCAUCCUUAGCGAUCCCAUCUAUGGCUCCUCAGCCUGGGGUCCUCACAGGGGGAAGGGAGGG